AAAGGAAAUUCACCAUAUGAGUAUGGGUCAUAUUGGUUGCCAAUGACAAAGUUUAAACCAGCUCUUAGAAACAAAGACAUUCAAGAUGACUACUCUGAAUCAAUUGUUUCGGUAAGGAUUAAUUGCAAACUUCUACAAGGUGCUGUUUCAGACAAAAAAAUGUACAAAAAAAAUCUAACAACAUUCAAUAUGCUAUGGCGCAUACGGGUCUACGGGGCCCAGUCUAUAUUCACUGUUUCUGGGUUACCGCAAAAUUGGACCAAAAGCACAAGCAUCUUUUUGAUGGCAUAGUGUCAACCAGAGUUCAACUUAAUCACAUAUGUGAUGAGAUGGAAGACAAGAAAUCCCGGGCGAAAGAAGAUAGGUUAAAAGCUAUUCAAGCUCAACCCAUUAUGGGUUACUGGGACAUGGAGAAUUGUCGUCUUGACUCUAAAAAAACAAAACAACUGGCACAAAAUGUCGGUUCAGCUAUGAGGAAUGCAAAUUUAAACGGGGCAUGAACACCACCUGAUUCAUACAAUCAUAUCAUUAUACAUUACGAGACUGUUGGACACACCCACUUUGCUAUCAUAGGGACACACCCAACACGCACAAGAAAAUUUCUUCGUUUCGUUAUGCAAUGGAUGUGACACAUUUCCGCCGGUUCAGAAAAUGCAUAUGCUUUCUUGAAUAUUCCAUAGUACUAUUUGGCCGUUUAUCUAAAGAUUAUGAGAACUCUGCAUUUAUCACGUUAGAAAAGAAGUUUUAUUUUUUCGUGUUGCGUAAAAAAAUAUCGAUGAAGUAAACGCAUGAUAAGCAAUAUCUUAAAGGAAGUUAGGGCUUGUGAAAAUCAGUAUCACCUUUUACUUCCAGCUCCUGGUUGAAGUAAUAUGUGCGUCAUAGCGAUAUCAUUAUCGGAUACUUCAGUUGAAUUCCCUACAAGAUUAUCAAAAUUUUGAGGCUACUUGUUAUUACUGACUCGACCGAUAAAAUUUUGAGGAUCGAAAUCAUGAUUUACUCGCAGAAAUAUGUAUCUCAUUUUACCAGUAGAAGCUGAAAGGGGUAUGGGGUAGUUCAUCUUUACCACAUGCUGAUUUUGAUCAAGCUUCAAAACUGAAAUAUUACCACUAGAAACUCCAAUGUACCUGAAAAAGCAGAUACCUAUUCAUAACAUUUGGUGCUUCUUCAAAUUGUAAUUUCUCAAAUAGCUU